GAGAGAGAAAGAGAGAGACGACUGUCUCCCGUUUUGUUGCACGAGGAGUCGCGAGGAGCCGCUGAUGACAGACAGCAGAUCUGCUGCCUCACUGACUGCGACACCUGAACAUCCACAGAGCAGCACCGACACCACACACAUGCAGGAGAGACAACUGUAGGCGAGGAAGAGGAGAAGGGACGGAGGCUUUCCUAAAAAAAAAAGAAGAAGAAGAAGAAGAAGAAAAAGAAGAAGUAGAAGAGGAGAAGAGGAAAGCGGGGGGCAGGCAGCCGGCUGGCCGGGACACGGAGCUCGUCCAGGGGGGAGAAAUCACCGCCACGACCGUCACAUCACAUCACAGCUCCGGGAUGACAAAGUCCCGGUGAAGCAGAGAGAGAGAGAUGUCGCAGAAGAAGAUAUUCCUGAUCUUCGUCGCCAUCAGCACUGUCAGUCUUCUGCUGCACCAUGGGGGCCACUUGAGCUGGACCAUGGAGGCCUUCCACAUUGGUUGUCCUGCGCUCCGGUCCCACCCUGCCCCGGGCCUGAAACCAAAGCACACCAAUGUGGUCUUCCUCAAGACCCACAAAACGGCCAGCACCACUAUGCAGAACCUGCUUUUCCGCUUCGCAGAGCGCAACAACCUCACUGUGGCGUUGCCCGUGCAAGCCUGCAGCCACCAGUUCUGCUACCCACGCUCCUUCACCUCUCACUUUGUCCACCCCCACACACUGCCGCCAAACAUCAUCACCAGCCACAUGCGCUUCAGCAAGGCAGAACUGCAGCGCCUGAUGCCCAACGACACAAUGUACAUCACAAUCUUGAGAGAGCCGGGGUCCAUGUUUGAAUCCUUGUUCAGUUACUACAACCAGUACUGUCAAAGCUUCAAGAGGGUCCCCAAUGGCUCCCUGGAGGCUUUCUUAGAGGAGCCCUGGCGCUACUACCGUCCAGAUGAGAAGGACUCCAUGUAUGCGCGCAACACCUUGACCUUCGACUUGGGCGGAGACAAGGAUCGCCCAGCAACAGAUGUGGCAUAUGCGCGGGGCUUUCUGGCAGAGGUGGAGCGGGUUUUCUCCCUGGUGAUGAUUGCUGAGUACUUUGAUGAGUCGCUGGUUCUCCUUCGCCAUCUCCUCUCUUGGGAUCUGGAUGACAUUCUGUACGUUAAACUCAAUAUGCGAACGCCAAGCUCGAAGCGGAGUCUGACACCGGGCCUUCCUUCAAAGAUCCGUGCCUGGAAUUCAUUAGAUGCACGUCUCUACGAUCACUUCAACGCAUCAUUGUGGCGGCAACUAUCAGCUCUGGGCCCAGCUUGUGUUGCAAGGGAGGUGCGACUCCUUCGGCGAGCCCAGGAGAGGUUAAUGAGAAGCUGCUUCGGUGGGCGGAUGCCGCUUCUCCGAUCAGCAGCACAGAUAAAAAACAAAGAUCUCCGCCCUUGGCAGCCUAGCGGAAAAGUCGACAUUGUGGGCUACGACCUCCCGGUAAAUCUCAGCCGUGGAUUCUCGAGCCAGGCCCAGGAGCUCUGCCUCAAGCUCAUCAUGCCAGAGGUCCAGUACACACGGGUUCUUCUACGUUCCCAAUCACUGCGCUACCGUCGAGGCUACCAGCUCCGGCCUCUACAGCAGUCACAUCCCCUCCAGCAACCCAUACGCACAGUCCUGCCUCGGCAUCCUCAAGUGCAACGCAGCCAACCGCCCCCUGCCGCCCCUGGCCCUGCAUCAGGGUCAGGGUCCACCUCCACCUCAAAGCCUGCUGCAGGAACUCAAGGUCGGACCACAAAGUUAGGGACUAAAUCCUCACAGACCCAGGCCUCACAGACUGAAAAAUAGAGACUGGAAUAUAAUCCCAAUAGACUUCAUUGUCCUACCCAUCCUGACUCUUGAGACAAUGGUGCUUGGUUGGUGGCGGGUGUUGGAAACAAGGGCGUCCUUGGUAAAGAAAAGUCUGGGUUGUCUUGACUCAAUGUCUCUCCUGUCCCUUCCAGACAGAGUUUUGGAUUAAAUUAAUUGAGGAACAACAGAGGGAAAGGGGAUCAAGACAUAUCUGGACUUGAACUUGAAUCUCUCCCCUCUCUGGUCUGUGAAACAGUAUCAGGGUUGGCAGACACAAGGGCGGGAGAAAUCAAGAAUAGGACUCGGCUCAAUUGCACGCCUCUGCCCGCCCGACAACAGCCGAUGGAAGAGGUUUUUAGGUAAAAGUGGUUAUUUGAAGCAAAUCUGUUGUGUGCGACCAGGACUCAAUAGGGAAGUGGCGAUAUCGGGCCUAUUGUGAGGCACAGAGUAGGCAUUGUGUGUAUCACACUGGUAUGGCAUCAUGUUACUUGCUUUCAUUCCCUGCGCUCUCUUGCUCUCUCUCCCUAACAUAUGCCACUUAAAGUCCUUGAGAGGGGCAUAAUGACAUAAAGGGAUCCGCUGUCAGGCGUCCAAAGAGCCUCCUAAGAGGCCAGACAGACAUUGAGAUCACCUCCAACCAUUAAUACAACAGCACAAUAAACAACUCUUCUCUUCUUCUUCUUCUUCUCUUACCAACUCUAGGUCCUAAAGCAAUGGAGGGAGGUUAAAAAGCCAGAUAGACAGAUAAAGAUAGAGACCUUAAAAAGAGGGUGAACCUAAAAGCUGGACCCAUUAUUGCUAUGACUCAAACAGAGACUGAACACACACAUCAAGCGUGAGUCUCUUCAGCUAUCGACCUCACUGGCUUCCUCCCCGCAUACCUCUCUUCAUCCUCCAUCCUCUAUCCUCUCAUCCCUGCUGCUACCCUCUGGUUAGGCCGUCACUCCAGCGAGCAGUGCUGACAUCUUGUCCCUAGGACCACCAGCUGAGAACACAUCUGUCAUCGUAGAGACUUUCUAGGUUUCUGGAUGUGGGGUCUUGUUUUUAAUCUUGGGCGUUAUUGCAAUAAGAUCUCCAGGCCUACGUUCCAUACGGAAAGCAUGGAUUUAAUAACAUACCAGCAACCCCAUACCGCACACACUGGCACAAACAAAAACAACUUGACAGGACAGAAUAUUUAAUCCUCUCCUCUCAUGGCCCUCCUAUGGCCCAUGUUCUUUGGUUACACGGCUGUACAUUUUCAUUAAGAAUUGAAGGACCAGGCGAAAGCUGGUCACUCUGAACUCAGAGACGCGGGAGGACAAAGCGAAAGUGUCAAUGUAGGGUGCUUAGAGCCUCUUAAGGCUGGUGGGCUUGCUGGUUUGGCUGUGAUUUUAAAAUGUCAUCACUUAUCUCCGCUGUGAUCCAUUUUUUAUUCAUUCUGCUCAUAUUUAAUGUGUCAUUUAUUUUUCUUUUAUUCAUCAAGUGAUCAGCAGGACACUGCUAAGUAACUGGGGGCCAGAGGAAGGAUAUCUGUGUGUGAGUGUGUGAGAGUGUGUGUGAGCGAUGAAGUAGCUCUCUCUGCUUCAAGUUGGCUAGGCAACAAAAGGAAAUUAUUUGUGUGACAUUUGUUAAAACUAUGUGUUAUUUAUUAUCGGGAUUUAAAGAGUCCCAUUACUGUAUUUUUAACUUUUUUUUUUCAUGAAUCACUGGAUACAAACCUCCAUAUGUUCAGCAUACCACUUCAGGCAACUGAGGUGCAACGAGGCAUUAGGCAAUGAUAUAAAACAUUAAUUCUACACAUGUUUUACAUAAUGCAAAACUACAAAGACCACUCCGGAAAACCGUACAUUGAAACAAGUGUAGUCGCUUUAAAAAUGAAUCUUUCAUUCAGCAGUGCUUAAGUGCCACACAAAGCUUCUUCGCACUGUAGGUUACAAUAAUAAAAAACACAAGCCAUGGCUGCGCUGACAGGAAUAAAAAAUUGGAGCGUGUAGAAA